AUUCCCAGCACUUUCAAGCACUCGCUUUCUCUUUUUAGUCUAUAUGUGUUUCUAAGUUUGUGAGCAAACCAUGAAGCAAAGCUUUCUUUCUGGUGUUCUUCUCUUCUUAGUAUUACUUAUCUCCUUUUACCAUUUAUCUGCUCGUUUCAUAGCAGACAAACGAGGUGAGCAAGAAGUAGAGCUUACUCAAAUCACAGAUAGGGAAGACACUGAACUAAUGAAUCAACUAUUUGGAGUAGAAGCUUGUGAUGCUGGAGAUGAUGAGUGCCUGAAGAGAAGAAUGAUAUCAGAGGCUCACCUGGACUACAUUUACACCCAGAACCUUAAGCCUUCAAAGACUCUUCAUUAAGAUUUACUUAACCUUGCAUAGUCUGGGUU